AAAAUACUUCCGCUGUUGACGUUGGUGAUUGCAUUUGUAAUGCUCACUUUCAAUGUUAGUCAAAACGUCUCGUUGCAUAGGUUACAAAGUGCAAAACGUCGGUCACCGUCUGAAACUAAGAAUACGGAGUCGGCAUGAUCUGAAACUAAGAAAACGGAGUAGACAGGAUAAGCAUGCUGCAGUAGCCUGACAUUUCAUGGCAUUUUUAUCUCCCACCUGGAUGACUGAAGAGCAUGCCGAACCACACGGUGGCCGUGCUGGCCGCAUUGUGGUUCUUUUUCGGUCGGCACGUCAACUCUGAGCAUCUGACCUCCGACUGUGACAAUGGAAAGCUGCUUUUGGAAAGGGAUCUUCCAACGGAUGCCAUCUACUGGGGCUGUCCUACAACUGUUGCUUGGUCCGACUCCACACAGAGGCUCCCCAGUGUCGACACAGUGUACGAUCCCGAGCUUGCCUGGCAGGUCUGCAUGACUGAACCCAUUUCCUACCGCCACAGCAUCCCCAACAGCGGUGCUUUCAGGCCAGUCAGGGCAGAGAGUGGAGAGUACUUGUACUGUCCUCCUCAACGGUGGCUUAAUAACCUGCAUCACGGAGCGGCCGUAUUGCUCUACCAUCCCUGCGCAGCCUUCAGCGAGCGUGCGCUUGUGUCCAUCCUGGCCCGCUCAUGUCUACACGACUACAUCGUCACCCCUCACCCAGAGCUCAACAAAUCUAUGCCUGUAGCUUUGGUGUCUUGGGGGAGAACAUUGGAGCUUUCCACUGCGGCCUCUUCAGACGUUUGUGAUUGGCUGCAGAGCACGACGACCUCAGGUAGUCCGAUCAGAGGCAAAUACAACUUCCUGUUGACACGCGCAACAAACCAACAUGGAUACGGACGCACACGUCGAGAGCGACGCCGCUCAGAACCCAAGGAGUCUGUGAGGCAGUGCUGUGAGCAGAUAAUCUCAUCAUGGCCAGAAGGAAAGAUAAAGGCGGACAAAGUCCCUCCUGCAAAGAACAGAAAUGGGCAAGAACCUCAAGGGGAAUCAAGGCAGAGGCAGGAAAGAGCCGCGAUACCACCAAAACAGGAUGAUGUGAAAUUAAAUGGAACAUCUCACGUGUCAGAUGUUUUGAGGACACACUCGACAGGGACUGCGGUUCUCACAAAUCAGUCUGGUCUGCGGAAAGGUGCAUCUCUGACGAAGAUCCAAAAUCAGGAUUUGUCAUCCAGGCCUGCAAUCCCUUUUGGGUCUCGAGUGUCGGGGCCUACGCAGAGGAUUUUACUCAUCAAGGUUCCAGAGACUGAUGGACGCUGGGCAGCAGCCACAAGUCCUACAGUGAAACAGAGGUUCUCUGCUAAACACAGCGCCAAUGCAAACAGACAAACACAGGAAAAUGAAAUCGUAGAUUUGAGAGAGAGAGAGUUGGCGCAAAAAGGUGACAUGAACUCACUAAAGGGGCGGGACGAGUCCGUGGCUCCAAAACACAUCCAACAAGAACGGCGGCGUGAUCCGGCCACCACCGACGACUGUGACACCUGCACCACAGGGCAACAGUGCGACUGCUUCAGGGACUCCGAGGGCCAAGCCACGUUUGUGAGCAGCAACUUUCUGAGGACCCCCAGGUCCAACGAGGCGGUGUGGGCCGCGGCGGCGCUGGGCUUCCUGCUGGUUCUCCUCACACUGUCUGUUUUGCACACGCGCCUCUACCGCCACUGGAGGACCAUGCCCAGUCUUUACUGGCACGAUCCACAGCAAGACUACGAAAGCGUGGCAGACGUUAUCCAUAGAAGGAUGCAAAUUCAAAAGAGGAGACGCAAGAGAGGCCGAAGACGAGAGUGUGCUCUCCUGCUGAGCUCCUCAAGCUCGGAUGAGUACAUAUAGACAAAUGACGGAACUUUUUAGUUGGAACUGUGGCGUCCACAGGAAGAUGUCUAUACGUACCAAAAGGGACUGCUUGUGAAUGCCACAGCAAGGAAAAACAAACAUUUUUUUAACAACCCAACCACCACAAUCUGAAAAUUCCAAUGUUGUAUAUUUUGUAUUACCGGUACAUUAGUUUUGAUACAUUUGUGCAACAACUAUCAAGUCGCCUGAUUAUAUUUUUACAACCAGGCAUUGUUGCUGUAUAAUACUGCAUGUGUAUUUCUUACAUAUGAAGGUUUAAGUACGUGAGUUAAGUAACAUUUGUAGAGUGUAUUAACUCAUUCGCCGCCACUGACAGCUAUAGAAGUGAAAAAUGUAUGUCAUGUAUUUUCACUAGGCUGGCAGUGAAUGAGUUAAUGUAGAACCGUUAUGAUAUAAAAGUAAUUAUAGGUUCUAUUUCGAGACUCACAGAUUCGACUUUUGAACAAUAGCUGAAAAAAAACUAACAGCCAAACCAUCGACAAUUAACUUGUUUUAUUUUAUUACAAAUGUACAGCUUAUGAGUUUCCAUUACAACUGACCUUUUUAA